AUGGUAUUUCUACCUCGGGGCGUCCCUGAGGUCCCAGCGUCUGAUCUCCUGAGACCACACAGUCGAAGGGAGAAUGCAGAAUCAAUUGAUCUCAAACAGUUUUUUGACCUACAUUUCUCAAAUAUAUAUUAUGUGUUCUUUGAAAACUUUGUGACUAUUGAAGUAGGCCUUAAACAAAAAGGUCAUAAGUCUCAGAGAGAAGAAUUAGAUUCUAUUCUUUUUAUUUUUGAGAAAAUUUUGCAACUCCUUCCAGAAAGGAUUCAUCAGAGAUGGCAAUUUCAUAGUAUUGGGUUGAUAUUGAAGAAACUUCUUCAUACUGGAAAUUCAUUAAAGAUACGACGAGAGGGUGUGCGUCUCUUUCUUUUGUGGCUGCAAGCACUUCAGAAUAACUGUAGUAAAGAACAGCUAUGGAUGUUUUCUUGCUUGAUUCCUGGAUUUUCAUCACCACAGUCUGAAUAUGGCCCCCGAACACUAGAUAAUCUCAUUAACCCUCCACUUAAUGUUCAAGACACUCAAGUGACUGUAGAGGAAAUCACUCCACUUGUUCCUCCACAAUCAGGAGAUAAAGGACAAGAAGAUUUAACAAGCUAUUUCUUAGAAGCACUUUUGAAAUACAUAGUAAUUCAGGUUAAGAGUUUAGAAUGGAAGAACAAGGAAAACCAGGAAAAGGGAUUUUCAUUUUUAUUCUCAAAUUUUAAGAAAUACUACUUACCUUCUAUUUUCCCAAACAUCUGUAAGGAGACCAGCUUGUAUAACCCUAUACUUGAUAUACCACAAAUGAGACCAAAGCCACACUAUGUAAUGGUUAAGAAGGAUGCUGAAACCAAUGAGGCAAUAUAUUGCAUAAAGGAACCUUUUACUAAGGCUCGUGUUAUUGUCAUUCGAUGGUUAGUGUCCUUCUGGCUUGAACCAAAACCUCAUACAGGAUCUCAUAUUCCUGGGAUAGAAGGUGAAAAUGUGCCAAAGAAUAUUCAGAGAGCAGCUGCCAGCAUGGCUUCAAGAGAGGACAGCAAAAAUGACAGUACUGAUAAGCAGGAAAGAAAUGCAGAGACAGAACAAUCUCAUUCUAAUACAAGUACUCUGACAGAGAGAGAACCAAGUUCUUCCAGCCUCUGCAGUAUUGAUGAAGAGCAUUUAACGGAUAUAGAAAUUGUCCGGAAAGUCUUUUCUUCUAAAAGAAGCAAUGUUAAUUUUCUAACUGAGAUUUUUCGACAGGCAUUUCUGUUGCCAAUAUGUGAAGCAGCUGCCAUGAGGAAGGUGGUAAAGGUCUAUCAGGAAUGGAUUCAGCAAGAAGACAAGCCUUUAUUUAUGAAAGAACCUGAAGAAGUAAUGCAGUGCACAACUGCAGAUUGUGAUGAAAAUGUUGUUGACCACAAUUCAUCAGAGAAAGCAAAAGAAAGAGAAGAGGAAAAAGGGGUACACUCCAGUCAUGUUAGAAACUCAAACUGGGCAAGAAAUGGCUGUUAUGAAGACACUUUGCAUAAAAUGUCCGAAAUUGAUACUGAGGAGCAAAAUGUACGAGCUGGAGUGCAGUCUGUAUUGCAGGUUUUUAUAAUAAAUUCUUCAAAUAUAUUCUUUCUUGAACCUGCAAAUGAAAUUAAAGCUCUGCUGGAUGAACACACUGAUAUGUGUAAACGCAUUCUUAACAUCUACCGUCACAUGGUAGUCCAAGUGACUAUGGACAAGAAGACAUGGGAACAGAUGCUACUUGUGCUGCUCAGGGUUACCGAAUCUGUGCUGAAAAUACCACCCCAAACUUUCUUGCAGUAUCAAGGAAGAAAAAACUCCACAUUAGCUGGAAGACUUGCAGGACCUCUUUUCCAGACUCUUAUAGUAGCUUGGAUCAAAGCAAAUCUAAAUGUGUACAUCUCUCGAGAACUUUGGGAUGACUUGCUGUCUGUAAUGUCAUCACUGACAUAUUGGGAAGAGCUGGCCACUGAGUGGUCACUGACAAUGGAGACACUAACUAAAGUAUUAGCUAGAAACCUGUAUAGCCUGGACCUCAGUGACCUGCCAUUGGAUAAAUUGAGUGAGCAGAAGCAGAAAAAACACAAAGGCAAAGGAGUUGGGCAUGAAUUCCCAAAAUCUUCCGUCGAUAAGUCCUUUUCUAGAGGCUGGAGUCGUGAUCAGCCUGGACAAGCACCAAUGAGGCAACGCAGUGCUACCACCACUGGCUCUCCAGGAACAGAAAAAGCAAGAAGCAUAGUACGGCAGAAAACAGUUGCCAUGAGAAGCCGAUCCAUUGGUGAAUGUGCUCUGCCAUCGGCCUAUAUACGCAGUGCUAAAAGUGCUCCUGUUCUGAUCCAUACUUCCAAACCCUUCUUGCCUGAUAUUGUUCUCACUCCCCUUUCUGAUGAGCUUUCAGACAUUGAUGAUGCUCAAAUUCUUCCACGUCCACCUCGAGUCAGACAUUUUUCACAGAGUGAGGAUGCUCCAAGUGAAGUUUUUGGUGCAUUAAAUGAGGAACAGCCCCUGCCACGAAGCAGCAGCACCUCUGACAUCCUGGAACCAUUCGCAGUUGAACGAGCCAAAGCUAAUAGAGAGGACAUGAGUCAAAAGCUGAACCCUAUUGAUAGUGAUAUUGGCAGUAGCAAUGCAAAUGUUCCUGACCUCAUGGAUGAAUUUAUAGCUGAGAGACUCCGCAGUGGUAGUGCACUGAACGUGACAAGAAGAGGAAGCAGUCCUGGCAGCCUGGAAGUUCCUAAAGACCUUCCUGAUAUAUUGAACAAACAGAACCAAAUGCGCCCUAUAGAUGACCCAGGCGUGCCUUCGGAAUGGACGUCGCCUGCCAGCGCGGGCAGCAGUGACCUCAUCAGCUCCGACAGCCACUCCGACUCCUUCAGUGCCUUCCAGUACGACGGCCGCAAAUUCGAAAAUUUCAACUUUGGCACUGAGGCAGGGACACCAGCUUCCACUGACGUUGAUGCAAUUUCUGGACAGCAACAGAGUGCCGAGGAGCAAGAAGUGGCCAGUCUAACUACACUCCAUAUAGACUCGGAAACAAGUAGUCUCAAUCAGCAACCAUUGUCUGCUGAAGCUGCAACUAUUACUGGCUCUGAAAGUGCUUCUCCAAUCCAAUCUGCUCUUGGAUCCCGAUCACAGACACCCUCUCCUGCUACUCUUCAUGCAGAUCAUAUUGAGCAGAAGGAUCUGCAGCUGGAUGAGAAGCUUCACCACUCUGUUUUACAGACGCCAGAUGACCUAGAAACUAGUGAAUUCCCCUCAGAAUGCUGCAGUGUGAUGGCUGGGGGAACACUUACAGGGUGGCAUGCAGAUGUUGCUACUGUGAUGUGGAGGCGAAUGCUAGGAAUUUUGGGAGAUGUCAACAGCAUCAUGGAUCCAGAGAUUCAUGCCCAAGUUUUUGAUUACCUGUGUGAACUGUGGCAGAAUCUGGCCAAGAUUAGAGACAAUCUUGGUAUUUCAACAGAUAACCUAACUUCACCAUCUCCACCAGUUUUAAUUCCACCACUGAGAAUUCUAACACCAUGGCUGUUCAAGGCAACAAUGCUGACUGAUAAAUACAAACAAGGAAAGCUACAUGCUUAUAAACUCAUUUGUAAGACAAUGAAACGAAGACAAGAUGUUUCUCCAAACAGGGAUUUUUUAACUCAUUUCUACAAUAUAAUGCACUGUGGACUUCUUCAUGUUGAUCAAGAUAUUGUCAACACAAUCAUCAAGCACUGUUCUCCUCAGUUUUUUUCACUUGGUUUGCCUGGUGCCACCAUGCUUAUUAUGGAUUUCAUUGUAGCAGCAGGAAGAGUAGCUGCUUCUUCUUUCCUCAAUGCACCAAGAGUUGAAGCACAAGUUCUUUUAGGAUCUCUAGUCUGUUUUCCCAAUUUAUAUCAUGAACUUCCAGCUCUUCAUCCAAACAUUCCUGAUAUUGCUGUGUCUCAGUUUACAGAUGUUAAGGAACUCAUAAUUAAAACUGUGUUAAGUUCAGCAAGAGAGGAACCUUCAGGUCCUGCACGGUGUGUUGCUCUUUGCAGCCUUGGUAUUUGGAUCUGUGAGGAGCUAGUUCAUGAAUCGCAUCAUCCUCAGAUCAAGGAAGCACUGAAUGUGAUUUGUGUUUCUUUAAAG